UGGAGAGGAGAGGGAGGUUCAAUUCUUUCAUUUGUGAAAGUCUAACCGGCGGUGGAUAGAGAGAGGGAGAGAGACUGAAGCUGCUGAACAAGGAAAAAAAAGGUCUCUACUUUGAGGAGCUAUAUACGUAAGAUCUCCCUCCAUAAGAUUUAUUCAAGGAUACAAGAACAGAAUUAAGAAUUGCAUAUGAAGAACUUUGACCCUCAUUUGCCCACAAGUUCGUCGAAGAAAAGUCUGUGUCAGUAAUCAGGAGAAAAAAUUUAUCAUUAUAAUGAUGUUGUCUUUUGGCGGUGGCUAUGUUUUGAAAGAAUCUGCUGUUCCUAUCAAGCCACAAUGCUCACCGGUUGGCAUAAGGAAAGCGGAACAGUAUGGAAUCUCCAGGAAUUUCUCCAAAUUUCCAACUACAACCUUCCAAGGCCAAGUUGAAGCUCAAAGAAGGAUUGAUCAUCAGCUACUUCGGAUCAAAAGAACAACGGGAGAUUUUUCUCCAGAUAGGAUGUGUGCAGUUGUUACCGGUGCUAACAAAGGAAUCGGGAAUGAGAUUGUUCGAAGAUUGGCUCUUGAAGGUGUGACUGUUGUAUUAACAGCUAGAGAUGAAAAGAGAGGGUCAGAUGCAGUAUCAUUUCUUGUCAAAUCCGGGUUGGAGAAUGUCGUUUUCCACCAGCUUGAUGUUCGAGAUCAAUCAAGUGCGGAUUCCUUGGCUAAAUAUGUCCAAACCCAAUUCGGAAAGCUUGACAUCCUGGUAAACAAUGCUGGGGCAUCAGGGGUUGUAGUCGACGAAGAAGGACUGAGAGCCCUAAACAUUGAUCCAGUAUCUUGGCUCUCUGGCAAGGCUACCAACGUGGUACAAGAAGUGAUGCAGCAAUCAUACAAAAAGGCAGUGGAAUGCCUCGACACGAACUAUUAUGGUUGCAAAAGGGUCACAGAAGCUCUCUUGCCUCUUCUAAAGCUGUCUAAAUCAGGUGCAAGGAUUGUAAGCGUGUCUUCACUUAGAUCAGAACUUAAGAGGAUCCCAAAUGAACAACUUCGGAAGGAACUCGGCGAUCUAAAAAACCUAACAGAAGAAAAAGUGGAUAAAAUGGUAGAAAAAUUCCUGCAUGAUUUGAAACAGGGGAUGCUUGAAGAAAACGGAUGGUCUCUCAUGCUACCAUCGUAUAGCAUCUCAAAGGUUGCAGUUAAUGCAUAUACUCGAGUUCUGGCGAAGAGGUACCCUAAUAUGUUCAUAAACUGUGUUCAUCCUGGUUAUGUCAAUACCGAUAUAAACUGGCACACAGGGACCAUGACCGUUGAAGACGGAGCUAAAGGUCCAGUAAUGUUGGCUUUGCUGUCAGAUGGGGAGUUCACAGGAUGCUAUUUUGAUCAGACUAGAAUGGCAGAGUUUUAAUCAACCUUUUUGAACGAGUAACAGUUGCAAGCCGAGUUUCAUGAGAUUGUUUAGCUUAGGUACUGUUGGAAAUAGUCCAGCAUAGACAAUGAGGGAGGGAGUAGUGAACCAGGAAGUCAUUGAUCCUGAGUCACUCUGCAAUUGGUUUUUGAGUUAUGUCCACAUAUUUAAGGCUAACCCCUAUGGGCUAGAUUGAACUGCUAGAUUGGCCAAAAAGUGUUGCAAAUCAUGAAAAAAGUGUGCGGAAAAAGUUAAUAGUGAUAGCUGAUAGUUCUCUCUCCUA